AUGGUGCCCUUGCCAUUGAAACAAGGGGGGAAAACGGUCAGUCUGGUGUCUCAAUUCGACUGUGGUUUGUUUGUGAAGAAACACGAAACCGAUACUUUCUCACCUACCCCGAACGGCCAGCAUCCAUUCCACCCCCAUGCUGCAGAGCAAGCCAUCAUGGGAAUUCCAGGUCAUCGUUCCGUGACCCUGAGUCGCCAAUAA